GCCGCAGCUUUAGUAGUAAAAUCAUGUAAAGAUGGCGGAGCUGCAAAUGUUGCUGGAGGAUGAAAUUCCUGCCGGACGGAGAUCUUUACUGGACAGUUUCACCAACCUGGAGAGAGUGGCCGAGUACUGCGAGAGCAACUAUGUCCAGUCAGCAGACAAGCAGCAAGCGCUGGAGGAGACCAAGAGCUACACCACCCAGUCUCUGGCCAGCGUGGCCUACCUCAUCAACACGCUGGCCAACAACGUGCUGCAGAUGCUCGACAUCCAGGCCUCGCAACUCCGCCGCAUGGAGAGCUCCGUCAACCACAUCUCACAGACUGUCGAUAUCCACAAAGAGAAGGUGGCGAGGCGAGAGAUCGGUAUCUUGACCACCAACAAGAACACGACUCGCUCCCAUAAGAUCGUUGCUCCGCCCAAUCCAGAGAGGCCUGUACGCUACAUCAGGAAACCCAUCGACUACAGCGUGCUGGACGACAUUGGACAUGGAGUCAAGUGGUUGUUGAGGUUCAAGGUGAACGGUCAGCAGAACACAAAACUAGGAGGAUCUCUGUCCAGGUCUAACCCCCCCACACAGAAACCGCCAAGCCCCCCGAGGGCGGGCAAGGGCAUCUUAGGGAAGAACUCCCCCUACAGGACACUGGAGCCAGUGCGCCCCCCAGUGGUGCCCAACGAUUACGUCUCCAGUCCCACCAAAAACAACAUGCAGCAGCUUCCCAGUCCGGCUCGCACGGCCACCCUCAACCAUCGACCCCGAACUUACAGUGGCAGCAGUGGGGGCAGUCAUCCCAGCAGCAGCAGUCGCAGCAGCAGCAGGGAGAACAGCGGCAGCGGCUGCGUGGGCGUUCCCAUCGCCGUGCCGACGCCCUCACCGCCCUCCACCUUCCCAGUUUCCCCGACUGCUGGACCCGCUAGCUCCUCCUCCACUGCUCCUAACUCCUCCCCCUCCCCUUCACCAACUCCCUCCUCCUUCUCCUCGUCCUCCUCCACCACCACCUUAACGCAUCCAAAUGCUCCUCUGCCUCCGAACUCACCCUCUCAGCACGCCGACUCCUCACCUCCAACAAACUCACAACCACCUGCACCCACCAGCACCUCCCUGUCCUCUAACCCCGCCCCCGGCACGCCUGAGGUCCAAUCAGAUGCUUUGCCUGCAGAGCUGUCUCCUCUCCUUCCUCCUGCUCCUCCUUCUCCACUCUCCUCCUCCUCACCACCUGCUGAUGGUCCCAUCGUCCCUCAGUUCUUCAGUAUGAACCGCCCUCAGCCCCGGCAGCAGACUCCUCAGGUCGGGGGGUCUCUGCCGUACCGCCGUCCGUCCUCUGUGACCGGUGAGCCAAUCAUAGCUCAGAACCAGGUCAACGGGGGUCCCUACUUCAACCAAAGUCCAGCGUCUCCUCCGCCUCCCUCCAUCCUGCAGUUCACUCCUCAGCUUCCUCUGAUGGGAUUUGUUGCUCGAGUUCAAGAGUCCAUCUCAGACUCCUCUCCUCCUGCUCUCCCUCCUCACCCGGCCACAGCUGAGAGCCAACCAACACCAGAGGAGACUCCGCCCACUCCUCAGCCACUGGAGGACGGACACGAGGAGGAGGACUCGGCCGUGGUGGAGUACAGCGACCCGUAUGCUGAAGAAGACCCUCCAUGGGCCCCCAGAAACUACGAGGAGAAAGUGGUGGCCAUAUACGACUACUCAGCUGACAAAGAGGAUGAGCUGUCGUUCCAGGAAGGAGCGAUCAUCUACGUCAUCAAGAAGAACGAGGACGGCUGGUACGAAGGAGUGAUGAACGCCUACACCGGCCUCUUCCCCGGGAACUACGUCGAGUCCAUCAUGCACUACGCUGACUGAGACUGUGUGUGUGUGUGUGUGUGUGUGUGUGUGUGUGGACUGAGAGAUAGUCAUCACACCUUCAGUCCAGGUUCUCUGAUCUGAAAGGAAAAUUAUAAAAUGUUUAAAAUGAACACUAACAGAUCAGGAGCAGAUCAGAUCUUAUAAAUAGAAGUCACCGAUACUCUUGAUUACAUUCUGCUUUCUGAUCUACAUCUUCUCUUUUUACCCAUAAGGUCUUGCUUGUGCUGAGGUUUCUGAAACACUGCAGUUCUCUUGUUUCAGCACAGAAACACCUUGAUGUAGUUAUCUGGUGUAAAUAUGUUCUUCAUGGAAAACAUGCUCUUACAUUUUUAUUUCUUCUAUUGACAACGUAUCGACAUCACGGCUCCCAUCUGACAACGAUUUAUUUAUCUCUAUAAAUGGAUUUCUGCACGUCAGUGCGGCUGACGCGCUGCUCAAGGUCAAACAUUUGGACUCUGCGUGACGCUGUGUCGCAGAAGUCGUUCUAUGUUGAUGUUUCUUCACUGGGAUCGUCAAACAGAGAGCAAAGACGGAACAGCAUUCUCUGAAGUAGAAACAAACUGAUCCCAGAGUCAAAAAGACAGAAAGAAUACGAGCUGUGCUGAAGCCACUUUGUCACUAAACACUAAACUCAGAGUUUAAACCUCUCUGUGUUCGCUUUAACCGUCCGCUCUCUGUUGAGCUUAAAGGAUUUAUUCGGCUGCUCCAUAUUUAAAUGCACAUAACGUCCUAUGCUGCCAUGGAGCAAAUCUGUAGGACACACCCACUCAUAUGAUCACUUAAAUAUCCCUGAGACUGCAAACAGAGCUGGCCAAUUAGAGGAGAGUGGGCGUGUGGGGAGGGGGUUCUUAAAGAGACAGAAGCUGAAAUGAAGCAUUUCAGGCAGAGGCUGAAAAGAAGGAUUUUACUGAUCCAGUGUCAGAUAAAUAAGGAGGUUUUUGAGCUACACAUCUCUUAACACUUCUCAACAGGCGUCCCAGACUUAUUCAUGGUGAAAGUGAGUUAAAUAGAUCUGCUUAAAGAUUAAUUUGUCUUUUUUUGGUGGAUUAGUCAUACAGAUAACUAUAAAGAAAAUAAUUAAAAGCCGACUGGCUUGUUGACAUCUGAACCUAACCCUGAACCCUCAACAUCAUGACAUCUAUGAUUUCACCACGCAAGAUUUUUUUUACCCGACUCUCUCUUCGCUCCUUGUCUCUUUGACCUUUGCCUUAAAAAUAUUUCCCCCACCUCUUAUUUCCUCAAGAGCCUUACGUGUGUUAAACUCUCUGAAGUUAAAAGAAGAAGAAAGUGAAAGAAGCUUUGGCAAUAACACUAAAACCAGUGAAGGUUUGAGUCACAUCCUGAGUGAAGUAGAAGCCAUACAGCAAACUAUAAGAUGUUAUUUAACGUCACAGUUUGUUCUGUUGUAAAGUCUGUUUUGUGUUUUGGAGCUUAAAGCACAAAUGAUGAAGACGAGGACAGAGAGAGUGCACAGCGGGCCAGAAGAUUUAAUGUAACGUCUUUAAAGGACCAGUCAGAACGAUCCAGAAAGUCAAAGAGUUGCGGUAAAAUAACCUUUAUUAAAGGUUCUCUGUGGAGGUUUUGGCCAGUAGGGGUGCUAUAGAGUGAUGUUUUUUAUAAGCUGGAUCUCCUUUUGUUUGUUUUUGUGCACAAAAAGGAUCAAAUACCCCGUUACAGCAGCUGGUCUGACACGAGUACGCUGAUCCAUGAAGGUUAGCAGCUGAUGUCAGCGUUUAGAUGGUGAAAUGAUAACGUACAUAAAUGACUGUAAGUGAACAUAGCGUCUCCGAUUGAACUAAUCUGGUCGGAGUGAGCUCUUGGUCUGGUCACCGUGAAGUAUAGCUGAGUUUAAAUCCAUCUUAAAUAUGAGUCAUAAACUCAGUGAGGCCUCCCUCCGUCUGAUCAUUGAGCCUCUCCUCGUUGUGGUUUCCUCGUCAUGAAGUGGACCUGACCGAGCCACCUUCUGGACAGUUUGGACCUGUUGCCAGCUUUUCAAAGUUUACAGUGUGUCUGCCUGCAUGCCUGGAAAUAUAACUGAUGAUUUUAUUCGCCAUGUUUUUAUAUUUUACUUUUUGAUUGUAUUCUUUGUUUUUUUUUAUACGUUCACCAUCGUGAGCUUUUCAUGCUCUUUGAGAUUUGUGAUGUUUCAGUGCUGUUUGGUUGUAAUGAAGGUGGAUCAUUUUGUGCCAUAUGUGGGAGUGUUGUGGAGUGAACGCAGGUGUGUGUGUGUGUGUUGUAAGAGUGUGUACAGUGUGUGUGUGUGUGUGUGUGUGUGUAAACCAGUAUGAACCAAACUUCCCUUACUGACUCCUGUUGUGAUUAUGGACCUUUAAAGAGAGUUUCCUUAUCGUGCUCUUGAAAUACAAAAACCAGAAUGUGCCAAAUCAGUUCUCUUGCUGUGAGCAUGACGUUUGCUUCAAGGUCUCCUGAAGAUGACGGGAAUUCUGAUAUUAUAAACUGAAACUAUAGUUACAUAUUUAAAGUAGCAACAUGUAACCCUGACACCUAGUGUUUAAAAUGGGUACUGCAGUCCAGAUUCUAAUCUUUGUAGAGCGCUGUCUCCCCCCGCCC